AUUAGCUCCACAGGCAUUUUAAAAAAACAAUGUGUCACAGCUGAUGCCUCAAAAUGCAUUGAGAUGUUAAAUCAGAGGAUGGACGCAGAGGACGAAACAAACCUCUUUGUGUUUAAAACAAGUGUGAAGACCUCACACAGUUAUUCACCACACAGGAAGUCAUUCUGGGUGACUGCAGUGGGCUGGUUACCUCCGUCACAGAGACUUGAAGCAGACCAGGAGUUCAUGUGUAAACCGUGUUCUCUCUAUUCCUGGAACACAUCGCCGGUCACUCGCUGAGGCCAGUCCAAAAGCUCCACAAAGUAGACAGGCAGCCCCGCGGAGUGUUGGACCAUGGUGCCAAAUCCAAUACUGAGUCUGACUCUGCCUGUUGGGAACUGCUGUGAGAGGGACCGGCCAUGAGUCAGCUGUGAUAAUGGAUCGCAGCAGAAACAGAAAUCAGAUAUGCGGUGACUACAGUGACAUCACGGAGCCCGAGUACGCCGUGGUGGAUGACCAUGAGGAAGUGAUGAGCGUGUGCAUACUUCCUGCCAGGCCCAUUUAUGAUGAAAUGGAGUACGCAGACAGGGAUCUUCCGUGGUCGUCAUCAGCUCAGAGCCUCUCCUCACUCCUCACUGGUAACUCCAGCUCCCAGCCCAGAUAUCCACACAGAGAAAUCCCACCAACGACAGGACCUUCAGUAAAUAGAGAUCUGAAGCCCGGCAGAAGAAAAAACAUUUUAGAUAAGAGAUUCACACCUGGGCCUCCAGGAAACCAGCUCUCCCACAGGCAUUUUCCAUCACCUCCACCUUCCUCCCUGCAGUUAGUAAAUCAGCCUCCUGGAUGGACUCAUCCCUGCAGGAGAGACAGGCAACAGAAGGGGACUAAAAAAGCAGUACUGGGUUCACAAACCAUAGGUCGACAGAGUCCAGAAACUGUCUCAGGCCCCAACAACAACCACAGAUAUUCUUUGGAUCUGGAAACUCACGAUUUAGAAACAAGGUCGCAACAGAAUCUGGAAAGGGGGCAUUCAGGACGUCAUCACCAUGAGUGGCCGCAAACUAAAGAAGACUUUGACCAACACGAAUUUGUUCCAAAGGAAAAACCUCAACAGACAUAUUGUGAGGAGGACUGGUACAUCGGGGCCUGUAAUCGAGCAGAUGCAGAGCAUGCUUUACAUCUGGUGAACAAGAACGGUGCAUUUCUGGUACGAGACUGUUCCAUCAACACCGGCAGCGAACCUUUGGUGUUGUCUGUGUAUCAUGAGAAGAAGGUUUACAAUGUAAAGAUCCGGUUCUUUGAGAGCAGCAGCAGGUUCGCUCUGGGAACAGGACAACAAUCAAAAGAUAUGUUUGACUCUGUGGCUGACAUCAUCAAGUUUCACACCAUCUUCCCAAUAGUACUCAUCAGUGGCAGAAACAUACAAGGAAGUAAAUACCCAGAGAACUGUGUGCUGACGUGUGCGGUGACGAGGAUGGACGUCAACCAGCUCCUAGAAUGACAACGCACAUCAUGCCAAUGAUGAUCCAGUCAAAUUUCCCCUGUAGUUCAUUCUGAGCCUGUUAGGACAGAUGCUGACUGUGUAUUCAAAUUUCAAAAGUAUUUGCUUGUGUCAAUAAAAGUGUAAUAAUUGCACAGCAGGUAUAAGAUCAA